AUGAUAAAUAAAAUCAAAGAGUACAUCUCCAGCACACAACCUGUUGUUGAUGCCUUAAAGGAUCUGCACAUCUAUUCAAAUGACAACCAAUUCCAAUCUCAAUAACUAAUCUCAAACAGAUUAAGACCAUUCUUUGAAAGUUAAUAACGUAAGAAACUGUUUUUAUAAUCAUUAUUUGAAGAAGUCGAAAAAGAGAGCGUUUAGGAAGGCAAUUUGUAAAGAAAAUUUAAAAUAUUAUUACUGUUGCACAUCAUCCUAAGCUCCUAAGUUGGUCGUUCAGAAUUAUCAAAAAUCUUGAUUUCCAAACAAUUGAACUUAAAAACCCCAAAUUAAAUUACCUCCAAAUUAGGUUUGGUCUGUCAAUAAUAUUAUCAUUAUCUCUAUAAAUUGGCAUCCCAAACCACAUUUAUUCAUGAAGAAGUCGUUGAUGGAGAUCUGCUAUUGUACUUUACUCUAUCCAAUCAAUGCUAUAUCGGAAUGAGUAUGCAAAAGAUUAUUGAAAAUGUUGACUCAUUCCAAUCUAAUCUCUUAUUGGCAAACAUUAUCAAGUUCAUCUAUUAUGAUUUACAAGACAUCUUUAUAUUCAUCUUGAAAGACAUCAAAAGUCUUAUAGAGAACAAAGAAGAUAUCCAGUAUUCCAAAGAACAAAUGCUGGAACUCUACAAAGAAUGUUAGAUCCUAUAAACGAGAAUGCUAGAAUUCUAUCGUUUCAACAGACAUUUUGAACAUUUUCAAUAGAUUAUGCCUCCUUAUUCUUUGCCAAUCAAUAAGGAAUCAAUAGGUUAGCUAUAUAGUAGUUAACCAAAAGUGAAUUCAUUGCAACAAAUAAUAAAUUUGAAAGAAAAUCAACUUGAUAGGUAGUAGCCACAAACAUCAAAAUAGAAAAACUCGCAAAAAUUUGAGUUUCAAGAGAAGUGGAGAAAAAAAUAGGAUUCAACAGAAUUUUUAUUCUCAAAUUGA